UCAAUUAAAUCCCCAAAAGUCCUCUACCUAAAUCAGUAUUCAAAAAGUUUGGUGCUGACCCUCCAACAUUUGUUUAGAAAGGUCAGAUUGAAACCAUCGUUAUUAAUUGAACUUCUAAGGACAUAAGGAGUUGCUGCCUCGAUCACGAAUACGAAUGGCUUUUCAGCCUUCCCUUUGAAAUUCAAAUGGGAAGAACAAAAACUCUCUCUGGUUAGUGAUCUACAGGUGUGAAAGAUCACCCAAGGAUUGCUUCAGCAGGAGGCUACAUUCAAGAGUCUCAUUUGAGCUUAAAUUUCAGAAAAUUGGUGAAGAGUUUGAGGAGUUUCAAGAGUUUAUCAUUUGCUGGUCUGGGAAUUGAUUUUUAAAGGGCAGAUUUGAAAUUUCAUGCACUCCAAUCCAAGGCGGUACCAUUCUCUAGCACUGGCGUACAUAUUUAAAGAGCUUAAAGGGGCACAUUGGGCUUUGAAAAGCCACAAUCUUGUUUGCAUGCUCCUUUUUGAGGCGCGUUUGGUUUCUUGAUGGUAGACCUCACCUUCCUAGAGGAAUUCGCUCUCACUUGAGGCUGCAAAAUCAUUGUUGCUGCUGUUCUAAGACAAGGGUAUAAAUUUCAAGGUAUUACAUGGAGUUUAUUAAAUGCAUGUUGCUGAUAGAAGAUUUCAUUGCUGGUCUCCUUACAAAAAUACAACAAUAUUAUCAGCAUUGACAUUUAUUUCCGGGUAUGAGGUAUUUCUGGGACUCACAAAAGUAGCUACCAGUUUCUUGAAUGUUAAAUAUGGGACUGAAAGAGGAAAUAUUACUUGGCAUGCAGAUAGGAGCAGUAUUUAAGGAUUAUAAGGGCAGAAUCAGCUCCCUUGAUUUCCAUCGAAAGGAAGAUCUCUUGGUUACAGCUAGUCACGAUGACUCAAUUCGCCUUUAUGAUACAGCUAAUGCUGUACAUCAGAAAACUGUAUAUGACAAGAAACACGGCGUUGACCUCAUUUCCUUCACACACCACCCAAGUUGUGUGAUAUGCUCCUCAAGGAACAGUUCAGAAGAAUUGUUGCAUUAUCUAUCUUUAUAUGAUAAUCGAAUCCUUCGAUACUUCAAAGGGCACCAUGGCAGGGUUACGUCACUGUGCAUGUCCCCCAUAAAUGAUAGCUUUAUGUCAGGAUCAAUGGACCACAGUGUGCGAUUAUGGGACCUCCGUGUUAAUGCUUGCCAGGGAUUGCUGCAACUACGUGGUAGGCCAACUGUGGCAUAUGAUCAACAAGGUCUUGUUUUUGCUGUGGCUAUGGAAGGCGGAGCUAUAAAAUUGUUUGAUUCUCGUUCAUAUGAUAAGGGGCCUUUUGAUACCUUCUUAGUUGGUGGAGAUACUGCUGAAGUAUCAGAUAUCAAAUUUAGCAACGAUGGAAAACAUAUGCUUUUGACCACAACAAAUAGCCACAUAUAUGUUCUGGAUGCCUAUGGAGGGGAAAAGCGUUGUGGAUUUGGCUUGGAAGCUUUUCCUGAUAAUAUUGAGGCAUGCUUUAGUCCGGAUGGCCAGUUUGUACUCUCAGGCUCUGGAGAUGGAAGCCUCCGUGCAUGGAAUGUCAACAAUGGAAAUGAGGUUACAUGCUGGAAAAAUCAUACAGGCGUUCCCACUUGUCUCAAGUGGGCUCCUCGACGUGUGAUGUUUGCAAGUGCAUCUUCAGUUUUGGCAUUUUGGAUUCCUGGCACACCCAGGCAGACUCAUAAUGAUGCCAUCAAUACUGAAUCCUCUCCCAAAGAUUAGAGAACUGCUAUUUUUUGUUUAGCUGAAAGAAAAUGACGCAAGACAAGAUUUAUGGCACUGCUUUCUUUCUUAAAAUCACCUUUUGUAAUGAACGUAUAUCUAAUAAUAUCAAGUUAAUGGGGAGAAUGAUACAGAAGAAAUUAUUGUUGGUUCAAGCUGAAAUUAGUCUAAACACGAAUCUCUUUUGACGACUGGGAACAAACAGGCAACAAUUGUGCUGUAACAAAAUUGUAUGUCAACAAGGGACCAAGAAAGAACAAUAAUUACACUUUUUGAGCAAUAAGUAUAUCAAAUAAGUAUUAAAUUUGCUUAAAGAACUAUUAUUAUAUUCAAUAUUAAUAUUCGAUAUUUCGUUAAA